GUUGUGUUCCAUUUUUAAAAACGUGUAGAUUUUAUUUUUUUGUUUGUUUUUAAGUGUAUCGGUUUUUAAUUCGGUGUUUAAAUUUUGCAGCGCCAAAAACCGAUAACAGAAGAUCUGUCCAUCGAAAUAAAUGUUCAAUCAGUCCAAUUAUAACAGACGGUGAAACGUCCAUUUAAUUCUAGAACAUUCUAAAUACUUCUAAGGACCGUAGAUGUCUAGAUAGUUGAUCAAUUUUAAAUUGUUCUGAAUAAAUUCUAAAACCAACUAGAAUACCUCUUAAGAUUGUAUAGAAUCAGAAGCAUUUUAAGAAUCUUGUUCUAUUAAAUUCUGUAACAUCCUAUAAAUACUAAAGAUAGUAUAGAAUCCACAACUAUAGAUAACCUCUAUAGAAGCUCUCUCGUUACGUAAUUAACCACGAGGACAACAACUAAACAACGAUGGCUCGGCCUGAGGUUGUGCGAUGAGGCGGCGGAUGAGGACGAGGGUAUGGAGGAACCCACCGCCACCAAGCGGCCCUCCGUGCUGACUAUAGACAGGGCCGCGUUCCUUCUUCUACGAGUCAAAAGAGCUUUCAAGAAGAAGAGACAGCAGAGAAAGGAAAAACAUGCGGCGGCCGCGGCGGCGGCAGCGGCUGCAGCGGCGGAUGGCGUGUGUUUGCGACGAGGGCCGCCGCCACUGCUGCGAUCGCGCACAUUGCCCGCCAUCAUUGCGCCCGGCUUCUCCAUACUGCAUGCACAGAUCGACCCACAGCGAUGUAACGAUAUUACUCAAAGUCAGCUCCUCUGUCGCGGAGUACCGGGCCACAAGGUAUGCGGUCUCCGUUCGCACGCACCUCGCAUCUCCUUCACCAACAAAGAAGAGACAGACGGUCAUGAACUGCGACGUAAAUCAGCAAGUAGUAGACUUGGCAGUUCACCUCGGUCAAGUAUCGCUAGUGAAGAUAGAGUCGAUGGAUUGGCUUUAAGAGUACCAACACCACGUGGCUCAGUGUCCAGCAGUAGUACAGUGAGUGCGGGCUCGAGGCUGGCGAGGUUACUGACUCAGGGCGUACGGGGAGCCCCUGAAGAGGUCGCUGCGGAUGCCCCGAGACGGCUCAGCUGGGAGAGGCGAGACUCAGCCGGUCAACUGCCUCGGUCUGCGAGCAUAGACUCAGUGGUUGAGGCGGCGAUCUGCGCGCGUCAUUCCGAGCCAAGUCAGCCGACACUACUCCUUCCUGCGAGAGCAGAUAGAGCCCUCAGUCUCGUAUCCCCCGCGGUCGGCAGGAGGGCGAAAAGUCAGAGGGGACAAGCGGAACGCGUUUGA